UUAACUACCCAAUUGUUUUCAGACCAAAUUCUUAACAGUUUGGAAAAUGAAAAAACUCUUGAAAUUUGUUUCCUCAUGCCAACCCUCCAAAUUUCAUUCGAGGUUUUACUGCGAUCGCCCACCUUCUUCUCUCUCCAAUCAUCCUGGACCACUCGCUUAUUAUAAGAGUCUCGUUAAUCAAGGGAAGUUGAAACAUGAUUCUUACCAGGAAAAGGUUGUGUUCCAGCUCGAAAAUCUACUCCAGAGGCUCCACCAGUAUGAGAGAGAUAUGGAGGAAUACCAUGCAAACCUUGCUAAGUGGGAAGAGAAUCGGGAAAAUGAGAGGCGGAGACUAUUGUUGGACGAGGCCAAGACAAAACAGCAGGCUGGUGGAUCAUCACCCGUGAGCAGGAGAAGGAGUUUUAUGAACAAGUGGCUGUCACGCACAAGUGCUGAUAGUGUUGAGCCCGGCGUGGGAAAGUGGGUGUCAUAUCUGAACAGAGAAAAGAAACUAGAUGUGAUGGUUGGGCAGCGUCCUACAGCUCCUCCGGCCCCAAAAGGAUUGUACAUUUAUGGAAAUGUUGGAAGUGGGAAGACAAUGCUAAUGGACAUGUUUUAUGGUGCCACAGAGGGAAUUGUUCAACAUCGGAGACGGCUUCAUUUUCAUGAGGCUAUGCUUCAAAUUCAUGAUCUCAUGCAUAAAGUGUGGAAGAGUCGAAAGAUGGAGGAGUCUUUUCAAUCUAGCAUUUCCAACUGGGUUAUGAGUCUUCCAUUUGAUACAAAAGUUAAGGAAUGGCUGGUUGAAGAAGAGAAAUAUAAGCAAGAGAUGAAUAUGAAAAAUAUUCUUCCAGCUGUUGCCGACAAGUUUCUCACUGAUGCACAAGGACAUCGAAGAGGAGCCAGUAUUCUAUGCUUUGACGAAAUACAGACAGUUGAUGUAUUUGCUAUUGUGGCCUUAUCUGGAAUUGUGAGCAGACUAUUGAGCACAGGAACUGUUCUUGUCGCUACAAGUAAUCGCGCUCCCAGGGAUCUAAAUCAGGAUGGCAUGCAGAAAGAGAUAUUUGAAGAACUUCUGGCUAAAAUGGAGGAUCACUGUGAAAAUGUUCUGAUUGGAAGCGAAAUUGAUUACCGGCGUCAUAUAGCAUUGAGUUCAUCUGAUCAGACUCAUUACUAUUGGCCUCUCGAUAGUACCAAAACGAAGGAAUACGAGAGUAUGUGGAACAAGAUUGUCGGAGAGUCUGGAGAGAGGGUUACUUCUCAAACUCUUCCGGUGAUGUUUGGAAGAACAUUGGAAGUGCCUCAGAGCUGCAACGGGGUGGCACGGUUCACAUUUGAAUAUUUAUGUGGCCAACCGAUUGGGGCAGCUGAUUAUAUUGCUAUCGCCAAAACCUUCCAUACAGUCUUCAUUGCAGAUAUUCCUGUUAUGAGUAUGCGUAUCCGAGAUAAGGCCAGAAGGUUUAUCACACUUGUCGAUGAACUGUACAAUUACCAUUGUUGCCUGUAUUGCUCUGCUGCUGCUUCCAUCGAUGAUCUAUUCCAAGGAACUGAUGAGGGUGUGCUGUUUGAUUUAGAAAGCUUUCAAUUUGAAACAGAAACAGAAAGCACGAAACUGAGACGAGAUGUUUCCUCAGAAGGCAGUGUGAGUUCAGGAGGAACACCCACCGCAAUAGUUUCCCUUCUAUCUGGUCAAGAGGAGAUGUUUGCAUUCAGAAGAGCUGUUUCGCGUCUGAUUGAAAUGCAGUCGCCGUUAUACCUUGAAGGCGUACGCUAUAUUCAUCCUUAUUACCAAGGAAAGGAACAAGGUUCGGAGAUGGGCAUCCAUAGAUAAUACCGUUCUUUUUUAAGAUGUACUACUAAUUCUUAUUUAUGGAACUACUGUCUGACCAUUUUGGUCUAUUAGUAGAUACAUUCAUUAGUGUUUGGAGAAUAAAAACUUUUUGAUUCUUGAAUACAUGUAUUUUUAUGGUAGAA